AUGUGUGACUGUCUGUCUAAACAGGAGGAGCUGGAGCAUGAUGACUACUGCUCCGUGUGUAAGGAGGACGGAGAGCUGCAGCUCUGCCACAACUGCCCUAGAGCCUACCACCCUGACUGCCUGCACCCCCCUCUCAAAACCCCCCCCCGGGGGGUCUGGGUCUGCCCCAAGUGCCAGAAGAAGGUGAGAAGCUACAGAGUGGAGGGGGAAAUACAUCUGGUUGGGGUAGAAUGGGUACUUUGGAAUGCUGCAAUGACAUCUAAUGACUGUAACAAAACUACUGAAUGACAUCUAAUGACUGUAACAAAACUACUGAAUGACAUCUAAUGACUGUAACAAAACUACUGAAUGACAUCUAAUGACUGUAACAAAACUACUGAAUGACAUCUAAUGACUGUAACAAAACUACUGAAUGACAUCUAAUGACUGUAACAAAACUACUUUAUGACAUCUAAUGACUACAGCAAAACUACUGAAUGUAGUAUAUGAAGGGAAGGCAACGUUGUCCUCCAUUUUCUAAACGUGUAUUCUCCCUCCUCCUGAAGGUUCUGAACAAAGAGAACAUGUCGUGGCCACAGAACUUUGUACAGUCCUACGUUACACACAAGACGGGUGAGAAUGGACACCUUUACUUAGCUGGCAUGUGUUAUUCUGUGUUAAUAAUAGGUGUAUUGUGUGUUAAUAAUAGGUGUGUGUUAAUAAUAGGUGUGUGUUAAUAAUAGGUGUGUAUUGUGUGUGUGUUUAGUGAGAGAGGGGGAGAAGAGGAGUCUGGUAAUAAUAGGUGUGUAUUGUGUGUGUUUAGUGAGAGAGGGGGAGAAGAGGAGUGUGUUAAUAAUAGGGGUGUGUGUGUUUAGUGAGAGAGGGGGAGAAGAGGAGUCUGGUAAUAAUAGGUGUGUAUUGUGUGUGUUUAGUGAGAGAGGGGGAGAAGAGGAGUCUGCUCAGGAGGAACGUGGAGCUGAAGAAGGAGUGUGCUCACCUGGAGGAACAGGACCAAAAACUCAGCAAGUCCCUCACGGUAUGACCUCUGACCUCUGAUCUCUUACCCCUGACCCUCAACACACAUGUACCCUAGACUAGGUUGAUCCCUCACCCAUACCUAGAAUGUGGUUUUACCACACUGCAAGUUUGAUUGAAUUACAGCAGAGAUACUGUAUAUAAUGUUGAGAUGGUCUCCACCCUGAAAAUGGGAGGCGCUGACCCAAAGGCGGGAAGGCAGGUGGUCUGCUUAUCGGUCUGCUUAUCGCUGUAUUCCCGCAUUGACAGAUUUUGAUGGGAGUGAACCCUCUCGCUUCGCCUCUUCCUCUCUGAUUACAGUCUUAGAACAUAGGGAUUUCCAUUGAUCAGGAUCUCAACAGUGAAGUAUACUACUACUAACUAGCCAGAAGGAUCUCAACAGUGAAGUAUACUACUACUAACUAGCCAGAAGGAUCUCAACAGUGAAGUAUACUACUACUAACUAGCCAGAAGGAUCUCAACAGUGAAGUAUACUACUACUAACUAGUCAGAAGGAUCUCAACAGUGAAGUAUACUACUACUAACUAGCCAGAAGGAGCUCAACAGUGAAGUAUACUACUACUAACUAGCCAGAAGGAUCUCAACAGUGAAGUAUACUACUACUAACUAGCCAGAAGGAUCUCAACAGUGAAGUAUACUACUACUAACAAGCCAGAAGGAUCUCAACAGUGAAGUAUACUACUACUAACUAGUCAGAAGGAUCUCAACAGUGAAGUAUACUACUACUAACUAGCCAGAAGGAGCUCAACAGUGAAGUAUACUACUACUAACUAGCCAGAAGGAACUCAACAGUGAAGUAUACUACUACUAACUAGCCAGAAGGAUCUCAACAGUGAAGUAUACUACUACUAACUAGCCAGAAGGAUCUCAACAGUGAAGUAUACUACUACUAACUAGCCAGAAGGAUCUCAACAGUGAAGUAUACUAUUACUAACUAGACAGAAGGAUCUCAACAGUGAAGUAUACUACUACUAACUAGCCAGAAGGAUCUCAACAGUGAAGUAUACUACUACUAACUAGCCAGAAGGUUCUCAACAGUGAAGUAUACUACUACUAACUAGCCAGAAUGAUCUCAACAGUGAAGUAUACUCCUACUAACUAGCCGGAAGGAUCUCAACAGUGAAGUAUACUACUACUAACUAGCCAGAAGGAGCUCAACAGUGAAGUAUACUACUACUAACUAGUUAGAAGGAUCUCAACAGUGAAGUGAAGUAUACUACUACUAACUAGCCAGAAGGAUCUCAACAGUGAAGUAUACUACUACUAACUAGUCAGAAGGAGCUCAACAGUGAAGUAUACUACUACUAACUAGCCAGAAGGAUCUCAACAGUGAAGUAUACUACUACUAACUAGCCAGAAGGAUCUCAACAGUGAAGUAUACUACUACUAACUAGUCAGAAGGAUCUCAACAGUGAAGUAUACUACUACUAACUAGCCAGAAGGAUCUCAACAGUGAAGUGAAGUAUACUACUACUAACUAGCCAGAAGGUUCUCAACAGUGAAGUAUACUACUACUAACUAGCCAGAAUGAUCUCAACAGUGAAGUAUACUCCUACUAACUAGCCGGAAGGAUCUCAACAGUGAAGUAUACUACUACUAACUAGCCAGAAGGAUCUCAACAGUGAAGUAUACUACUACUAACUAGCCAGAAGGAUCUCAACAGUGAAGUAUACUACUACUAACUAGCCAGAAGGUUCUCAACAGUGAAGUAUACUACUACUAACUAGCCAGAAUGAUCUCAACAGUGAAGUAUAUUACUACUAACUAGCCAGAAUGAUCUCAACAGUGAAGUAUACUACUACUAACUAGCCAGAAUGAUCUCAACAGUGAAGUAUACUACUACUAACUAGCCAGAAUGAUCUCAACAGUGAAGUAUAAUACUACUAAAUAGCCAGAAGGAUCUCAACAGUGAAGUAUACUACUACUAACUAGCCAGAAGGAGCUCAACAGUGAAGUAUACUACUACUAACUAGCCAGAAGGAUCUCAACAGUGAAGUAUACUACUACUAACUAGUCAGAAGGAGCUCAACAGUGAAGUAUACUACUACUAACUAGCCAGAAGGAUCUCAACAGUGAAGUAUACUACUACUAACUAGCCAGAAGGAUCUCAACAGUGAAGUAUACUACUACUAACUAGCCAGAAGGAUCUCAACAGUGAAGUAUACUACUACUAACUAGCCAGUAGGAUCUCAACAGUGAAGUAUACUACUACUAACUAGCCAGAAGGUUCUCAACAGUGAAGUAUACUACUACUAACUAGCCAGAAUGAUCUCAACAGUGAAGUGAAGUAUACUACUACUAACUAGCCAGAAGGAUCUCAACAGUGAAGUAUACUACUACUAACUAGCCAGAAGGAUCUCAACAGUGAAGUAUACUACUACUAACUAGCCAGAAGGUUCUCAACAGUGAAGUAUACUACUACUAACUAGCCAGAAGGAUCUCAACAGUGAAGUAUACUACUACUAACUAGCCAGAAGGAUCUCAACAGUGACAUAUACUGCUACUAACUAGCCAGAAGGAUCUCAACAGUGAAGUGAAGUAUACUACUACUAACUAGCCAGAAGGAUCUCAACAGUGAAGUAUACUACUACUAACUAGCCAGAAGGAUCUCAACAGUGAAGUAUACUACUACUAACUAGCCAGAAGGAUCUCAACAGUGAAGUAUACUACUACUAACUAGCCAGAAGUCUUCCACGGUACUUAGAAAUGUUUAUGUUUCUGUGUCUCUGUCCCAGCAGAAGGUGAUGGACGUGCGGGAGCGUCUGAUUGGUCAGCAGAGGGACACCCAGUCCUCCCUGGAGCGUCUCAAGGCUCUGAUUCGUCUGAUCCAAAGAGACCAGAUGAUCCAGGUUACCAUGACAGCCACCACCACCACCACCGGAGCGUCCCUGCUCUCCCUGCCCUGGAUCAAACCCUCCGGCAGCCCCAAUGCACACACAGCGCCCCCUGCUGGACCGUCUAUGCUACUGCAGCAGAAGAGUCUGGCCGUGCCACAGUCUCAGAGCCAGACCCGGGGCAACAACUGAGCUCUUGUAGCACCAUUCCAGCCCACCAGGGGGCACAGUUCACAGUUCAAAGGGUGCGCCACCAAAAUGGCACUUUAUCCCCUAUAUAGUGCAUUGCU